AUGGCAAACAGAAAAUACGAUAUUUGGAAUUACAUACGCACGAUAACUCUAAUAAUUAUUUUACUGAUUAUCAGUAAAGAUCUAUGGUGCGAAGGUUUUAAUGCAACAGUCUUGACUAGAAAAGGCCAUCUGAACAUUCGGGGCAUACUUGUACUGACUAAAAGUCAUAUGGGGUCGCUUUCGUAUGAAACUAAUAAUUCUACAACAAUACACUCUGUUAUUCACUUCUGA